CAACAAAUAAAUAAUGUCAAUUAUCAUCAUUAUCAUCAGCAGAAUUUACCACCACCACCAUCAAGAAGUUUACCUCGAUCAUUAUCAUCGAUGAAACUUGUUGAUGCCAAUGAUGGCGAUGACCUAAAAUUAUUGCAUCAAUUUAAUUGUUGUUUGAAUAUAGAUCCAAAUCAACAUUUUCGUUUUAUUUCGGCUAAAAAUUUUUGGAGUCCAUCAACAACAACAACAUUAUCAUCUACUGCAACAACAUCCCUAUCAUCAUCAACAUCAUCAUCACCAUCAUCGCCAACAUCAUCAUCAACAUCAUCGGCAACACCAAUAGUCGAUUAUCAUGGUCAUGAUCAUCAACAACGACAAAAAGUUGAUCAAAAACAACAAGUAGUGGUGGCCACAGUUGAUGAUAAUAAUUUAUUAUUGCCUAAAGCAUUAUAUAACGGUCAUCAUCCGCAUCAACAACAACAACAACAACAAGUUGUAGAUCAACAACAACAACAACAACAAGUUGUAGAUCAACAACAACAACAGACGACAAAAGUAGAUGAAAAAAAUCUAUUUCCACCACCAUUUUCAUCAAAAACUUAUGCUGAAUUUAAAUCAUCACCAUCAACAACACAAUCACCGGUAACAACAAUCGAUAAUCAACAAACAAUAACACCACCAAUCGAUUAUAUUGGCAGUAUCGAUACAUCUGUACAACAACAAUCGAUACCUAUACAAUCGGGUAGAUCAACAUCAUCACCAUCAUUAUCAUCAACAUUACCACGAAAUAUGGUUAUUAUGGAUCAUAAUCAUCAUCAGCAAAUUCAACAGCAACAGCAGCAACAAUAUCAUCAUGUUGCUGAUGUAUAUGAACCUAGACAACAUCCAAUACAUAAAUAUUGGACAUUACCAAGAUCGAUUGCAACUGGUAAUAAUUUAGGUGUUGAAUAUAUAUCGAUGGAUCAUCAGGUUCCAACUGAAAUUGAACGACGUCAUCAGCAACAACAAUUGCAGCAUCAGCAACAAUUGCAGCAACAAGCUGAAUCUUCUCAAACAAAAAUUGCUCAAACAAAACAAAUUUAUUCUCAGCAUCAGCAAUAUGAUACAACAGAAUCCUAUUAUACAACAACAACAACAGGUGAAGAAUCGGUUCUAAGUCCACCAACACCACCAUUACCACAGCCAAUGAUAACAAAUGGUGAUUCGGAAAAAAUUCUUUCCACCACCACCACUGCUCAACAGCCGUUGAUGAUGAAUGCAGCAACAGCAAAAUCGCAACAACAAGAUAAUAUGAUUCAAACUGAACAACCAAAACAACAACAACAACAAUCAUCAUGUGAUUCAACAUUAAUGAAUAAAUCUGAACGUUAUAAAGCAUUUAUACGUGAUAUGCAAAAUGAAAUGCAAUUACAAACUAGUAGUAGUGGUGAUGGACGAAAUAAUAAAUCGUUUUCAUCGCCCAUCACUACUAUCGAUAAUCAACAGCAAACAAUUUGUGUUAAAGUUAAACAACCACGUUUUAAAGGAACUGAUUAUCAUCUAACCAUCGAUAAUAAACCAAUUCAUCAAUCACAACAAUCAACAAACAUUGGCCAUAUUGAAGAUUAUGAACCUGGUAUACGUAAUAGUAUAUUUGAACGUGAAAAACAGAUGUUUUACAAUGAUAUUUUCAACUAUAUUGAUUCAAUAUUUGCCGAAGUAUUGGCCACAACGGCCGUUUCAGCUAAUCAGAAAUUACAAUCAAAAUUACGUAAACGUGCACAAAGUCUUUCACGAAUGUCAUCGAUAAGAAAACGUUCAAUCGAUUCUCGUCAUCCGCAUUCGCAACAUCAUCCGCAUCAAAAACAACAACAACAACAACCAGGUUAUUCUGGAACGCAAAAAUUAUCUAGUCGUUCAUUACCAUCAUUGAUGAGUGAACAACAACAACAACGUUUAUUGGAACAAACUAAACAACAAUUAUUGGCUACAUUUCUUGAUGCCAACACUGCCACCGCUACCAUUCGACGUUCCGGAUCAUAUCAUCGAUCACGAUCAUCAAGUUUACAACAUCGUCGACGUCGACGACAAAAAAUAUCGAAAAAACCGAGAAAAGAUAAUGAAGACGAUGACGAUGACGAAGAUGAUCAGGAAGAGGAUGAAGAUGAAUCUGAUCAUCUUUACCAUGACGAUGAUAAUGAUGAUGAUGAUGGUGGCGGUGGUGGUACUGGUGGUGGAAGUUUUGGACCUUCUUCUAGUUCAAGAAGAAGAUCAAAAAAUAAUGGUGAUUAUGAACAUGAUGGUGAUGAUGAAGUAUCGGAUGAUGAUGAUAAUGAUGACGAUGAUGGUGGUAAUAUCGAUCAUCGUGAGCGCAAACAUAUGAAUGGUGGAUUGGCAACAAAAGAUGCGGAUAUUGUUGAUCAACACCAAACAGCCGAACAACAACAACAAUCACCAAAAAUGGCAACAAAAAUGGAGAAAAAAUAUUAUUUUCAUGAAAAUUGUGUUUUCAAUCAGUUAACAUCAUCACCACCGACAACAGUAACAACAAUAGCGCCAGGUUUAAAUCAGCCACAUAAUAUUGGAUCAUCCGGUGGUGGUUCUGGCUAUGAUUCUGAUUCUACAUAUAUUUUACGUAAAAAUAAAGGAAAAAUAAUACCACAACCAGCAUCACCAUCAGUUUAUCGUGCUGUACAACGUGGUGAAGAUAUACCAUUUCAAGGUUUACAACGUACAACACCAUCAUCAUCAAUGAAACAACAAUUAUCAUCAUCAUCAUCAUCAGCAGCAUCAGGAAUGUUUAUGAAUGGUGGUAAUCGAAAUUUAAAAUUUGACCAGACAACCGAUACUGAUAGUGGUAUAGAUUUUAAUUUAUCAAGAAAAUCUGAUAAUGAUGGUGAUAAUGGUGAUGAUGAUUGGCAAAAUUUAGAUGAAUGGCAAACACAGAUAACCAAUGAUUUUGAUUAUAUUUAUGAUACAUUACGGUCAGUAUCAAAUAAUCGACCAUUAUCAUCAACGAAAAAAUUGGAUAAAAAAUCCAAAUCAGUUGCAUUUGAAGCUGUUGAUGAAGUACAAUUAAUUGAACCGGAUCCAGAAUCGGAUGAAUUUUAUGAUGAUGAUGAUGAAGAUGAAGAUAUUACCAUGUUUGAUGAUAAUGAUCAAGAAGCUGAAUAUUCAUAUGGUGGUCUAUUAAGACCGGGUUCACAUCGCCCGGAUGAUAAAGCACAUUCAUUUGAACAUUUUCUUAAUACACAACCAGAUUUGAUUGAUAAAGUAUCACGAUUGAAAAGUGAUGAUCCAUCCAAUUCGGUUCGAAUGAUGAAUAAAUCGAAAACAUCAAGAAAAUCAAGAUCAAAAUCACCAAAAAUAUGUCGAAAUAAUGCCGGUAGAACACCGCCAAUAUUACGUAAUGAUAAUUUAACUUCGGAUUCAGAAUUGGAAUCCUCAACCGAUCAUUAUCCGAUAAUGAAGAAAAUAAUAUCACCCGACAAUAUUCAACAACAAUUUACAUCACCACCAAAAUUAUCAUCAGCAGUACCGAAAAGCUAUUUUCAUAGUCCGAAUAUUUUUAUUGAUGAUCCAGCCACAGCAAAUGCUGCUGCUGUCGAAAUUGACCCAAUUCAUAGUCCAGUUCACAAUAAUGCAAUGCGAUUGCCGCAGCAACAGCCAAGCGGAUCAACCGCACCAACAACCGAAAGAUUAAAUAUUCAUUAUCGAAUAUCUGGUGGUAGUGGCAGCAUCGAUGAUGAUAGUUUUCAUUCAUUGAAUUCACCGAAUCGAUCGUAUGCUCGUCAUUAUACUGGACCAUGUGGUGGUCCAUUACCUGGUAGUCAAUCAAUAAAACCGGUAACAACGACUGAUAAUACUACUUAUAGCCUGCAAAGACAUCAUUAUAUGCCACAACCAAUGUCACCACCUGUUGUUGCAUUAGAUCGUUAUGAUCGACGAUUAUUAUAUUCAACACCGACAUCGAUAUCUACCAAAGAACCAACAACAGGUAAAAUGGCAAAAGUUUUAUAUGAUUUUCAAGCAAUGGCUAGAAAUGAAUUAGCUGUAAAAAAAGGUGAUUUAGUUACAAUAAGAAAAUUAAUAAAUCAACAAUGGAUGGAAGUUGAAGAUUGUUCCAGUGGAUUAGUGGGAUUUGUACCACGUACUUAUCUGGACAUUGAUGAAACAUCAACACCAACACCAGCGACAUCAUCAUCAUCACCAAACGGUAUUGCACGUGCCAAAUUUGAUUUUAAUGCCAAAACAAAUGUUGAAAUUUCAUUUAAAAAGGGUGAAAAAUUAACAUUAUUACGAAGAGUUGAUGAAAAUUGGUAUGAAGGAAUGAAUGAACGACAACAUGUUGGUAUUUUUCCUGUUUCCUAUGUUGAAGUUAUGAAACAAGUUGCUAAUGCUUCAGCUAUUCAUGCUUCAUUAUCAUUUCUUCAUGAUCAACAUUUAUCAUCAGCAAUUAUAACGGCAACAGUUGAAGCAUCAGCAUCCGCUAUAACUACGACAACAAAAACAUCGACAACAUUGAAAAAUGAUGGUAAUAAAAAUGAUGAUAUUUUAGAAACACCAUCAUCAUCAUCACCAUCAUCAUUAUCAUCGAUGUUAUUGUUGAAUCAAUUUUCUGGUACAAAAUUACCUCAACACCAACACCAGCAUCAACAUCAACAACAUCAUAAUCAUCCAUUAACAUCGAUACAACCAAUAUCAUCAAUGCCACAAUUACCGACUGAAACUUGUAGCAAUAGUGGUACGGGUGGUGGUGGUGGUAGUGGUUCGGUUUAUGGCCAACAUUAUCAUCAACAACAUGAUCACCACCACCAUCAUCAUCAUCAUCAUCAAGAAUCAUCAAGAAAAAAUAUUGAUAAUGAUUCACGAUCUUCUUCAAUACAAUAUAGUAAUCAAAUUUAUUUUAGUUCAACAAGAUCUGAACCAUCUGGUUCAACAAUUUCUAAUUCAACUGGUGUUGGUGGUGGUUAUGAAGUGGGUGGAAAUAGUGGCGGAAGUAGUAAUUAUUCAUCAACAUCAAAUAUAAUGCAUCAAAUUCGUCGAGCACCGGAUGCAAGUCGUUCACAACCAGGUGCUAAUGUUGAACGUUUUUGUUUACCAAAACCAAAAAUCUAUCGUGUCCUAUAUCCGUAUCAACCACAACAACCAGAUGAAUUAGAAUUACAAUAUGGUGAUCUAUUAACAGUAACUAUUAAAUGUGAUGAUGGUUGGUUUUUAGGUCGUUCAACAUUAACCGGUAAAUUUGGUACAUUUCCCGGUAAUUAUGUUGAACAAACAUAAUUUUUUUAGUCGGGAAAAUUUCCCGGUUUCUAUUCUACCAUAGGAAUACAUUUUUAACAAAAAGAAAUUCUAGUCACAAAUUUUAUUGAUGUAACCAAUAU